AUGCUAGUCAUCGGUCUAGAUCAAUUCUCCUCACGCUCGCUCUUGCAACAACAAGAGGCUUCUCCACCAAGGGGGCCGCCUCCACCUGCCGCCGGUCCACAAAGGUUGCCUGUCCUGGGCAACCUGCACCAGAUCAUGGGCGCGCUGCCCCACCGGAGCCUCCGCGAGCUGGCGCGUCGCCACGGGCCGGUGAUGCAGCUGAUGCUGGGAACGGUGCCGACCGUGGUGGUGUCGUCGGCAGAGGCGGCGAGGGAGGUGCUAAAGCCGCACGACUCCGCGUGCUGCAGCCAGCCGGUCACGCCGGGGGCGCGGCGGUUGUCGUACGGCCACAAGGACGUGGCGUUCGCGCCCUACAGCAACUGCUGGUGCGAGAUGCGCAAGCUCUUCAUCGUCGAGCUCCUCAACGCGCGCCGCAUCCAGGCCAGUGCACCGGACACCGUCCACGGCUUCGCGCUCUGCCGGGGUGACACGCCAACGCCUCCACCUGCCUGGCCUGCCUCGCCGCGGCGUUCCCGGAACCGGAAGCUCUGCGGCAGUGGGGGCGCAACAAGCAGGUGA